ACACGAGCGGGGGCCGGGAGCGCUGGACGCGUUUCAGCGAUGGCUUCUGCGGUCAACAGCAAAAUUCAUGCACCCGGGACUGGCGCGGGCUCCAAAGCUGAUGCCCACGGGGGCGCCUGCUGGAGAAUGGACUGCGACCCCGAGAUGCACGUGAAAAUGUGCAAGAAGAUAGCGCAGCUCACCAAGCCCAGGAGACUGCUCUGCCUUUUCCUGCUUCGUGCUGACUGUGCACUUGGCAGAUGCUGUCUUCUCUUGAUCGUCACUGUGGGAGACCACCAACCGCCCCCCCCGCAAAGUUAUCGAAUCCCCGGAACCUGUGAGUGCUGCCGUCUUCGGAAAAGGGUCUUUGCAGAGAUGAUUGAGUUACGUGUGUGGAUGACAUUGCUUGUGUUAUCUGGUUGUGCUUCUACUUCUACGAGGAGGGCAGAGGGCGAUUUGGGACAGAAGAGAAGACACAGAAGAGGCCACGAUUUGGGACAGAAGAGAAGACACAGAAGAGGCCACGGCUGUGUGAAGACCAAAGCAGAGACAUUGGAGAGAUUCUGGGAGCUCAAGGCCGACUACGAGAAGCGGCUGCCGCUGAUGAGCCAGGAGGCGCCCCCGUGGGGCCGGCUCCCGCCGGAGGGCCCUGACCCCAAGGCAGAGCCCAGCUCCGGGCCCGAGAUGCGGGAGGUGCUGCUGGAAGUGGAGCGGCUGCGAGGGGAGAACCAGCAGCUGAGCAAGGACUACGCCCGCAAGGCCGAGGAGCUGCGGGCCACCUACGAGCGGGAAAACGGCAUCCGGCAGGCCAUGCAGCAGUCGGUGAGCGAGGCCCUGUGGCAGUGGCAGGAGAAGGAGACGGACCUGCGCAGGAACUUCCAGGUGCAGGAGUCGGCCCUGCAGGCCCAGGUCCGGAAGCUGGAAGGGGACCUGGAGCACCGAGGCCGCAAGAUCAGUGACCUGAAGAAGUACGCCCAGAAGCUGAAGGAAAGGAUCCAGGACCUGGAUGUGCAGCUCAAGGAGGCUCGACAGGAGAACUCGGAGUUGAAAAGCACUGCCAAGAAACUUGGGGAGAAGCUGGCCGUGGCCAAAGACAGACUAAUACUGCAGGAGUGCCACGGGGCACAGAGAACCGAUGACAUGAAGACGGAGCGAAUUUCGGAGAACGAGGUCUUAGGGAAAGCAAACGAUGUGGAAGCCCGCAGUCCCCGUCCUCAGCAGGAUGAGAACCUUCCCAAGGAGUGUCCGUGUAGGAAAGGAGGCACAGAUACGCAGACCGAGAAAGAGGCGGGUGUGGAGGCGGAACACCUGAAGCAACAGUACGAACAGGACCUUCGUAAACUCAAACAGCAGACAGAGGAGGAGAAGAAGCAUCUGAAAGAGCAGCUGGUGCGGCGCCUGGAGGACCUGGUGAAGACGCACAAGGCGGAAAUCAAGUCGGUGCGCUCGUCUGCGGAGGCCGACAGGAAGCGGCUGCAGAUGGAAGUAGAAGGACAGUUGGAAGAAGUGAAGAAGAAAUCAGAAAAUGAAAUAAAGCAGCUAGAAGAAGAGAAAGCGGCCCUCAAUGUGAAGCUCCAGAAUUCUCUGCUCCAGGUGUUAAGGCUGGAAGAAUUCAUCCAACAGAAUAAGGGAUGUCCCCGAAGAGGCGAGGACGGGCCCCCGGAACCGGACUACCCGCCCCGCGGCGACUCGGAGACCCAGGCCACCGAAGAGCUCUUGGAAAAGGAAUCCGGCCACGGCCUCCAGAUCCAGCAGCAGGCACUCCGGCUGGAGCGCCAGGCCUCGGAGGAGAAGGUCCAAGAGGUCCAGGGGGAGCAGGCGAGGAUGCAGGCUCAGCAGGCUCUGCUGCUAGAGUCCCUGAGGCAGGAGCUGUGGGAGCAGAAGGCCGCCUGCUCUGAGCACCAGAAGGACUUGGAGGCGUUGCAGGCUGAGCUGAAGGCUCUGGGCAGCUCUGACAGGCGGCAGCCCAUCACCCCGUGUGCAGGGGACAGCGAGGGCCACGCCAACACCACCGAGGGUGGGAGCGGCCCAGGCCCCGCAGGCUCCCCGAAGGGCACCACUGAGCAGACUCCCAGCGAGGGGUGCCUCCUCUGGGAGAACUCCCAGCUCAAGGACAAGGUGCGGCAGCUGCAGGCCGAGGUGGAACAGCACCAGCAGGAGGCGCUGCAGCUCCGCGACCAGCACAGGUCUCUGGAGGAGGACCAGCAAGCCCAGCAGGCCCGGGAGGUGGAGAUGCUCCGCCAGGAACAUCGGAAGGAGAUGCAGGCUAUGGUGGCCGACUUCAGCAGCGUUCAAGCCCGGCUUCAGGCCCAGCUGGCUGCCCUGGAAACCGAACUGAAGGAUUCUGGAGAGAAGCCAGGGAAGGGGGCGUCCAGGCCGGAGGACGUGCAGCUCAUAGGCCGCCUGCAGACCCGCUUGAAGGAGAGAGAGGAGAUCAUCAAGCAGCUCACGGAGGAGAGGAGAUUUCACUACGCAGCAUUCCCCAGCGCAAUGUCCCACCGGAAUCGGUCCUUCUCUUUCAACCCUCACCCAGGGUAUUUGACCCCUUCCAUGAAGAAAAAGAAGAUGGAGGACUCGCCCAGCCGAGUGGUCAGCGUGCCCAACCUCGCCUCCUACGCAAAGAACUUUCUGAGCGGUGACCUGAGCUCCAGGAUCAACGCCCCGCCAAUCACUAAGUCCCCCAGCUUGGACCCAAGCCCCGGGGGUGGCCGGCCUUACAAGCCCACCCCGUCUCUAGACGUGAAAGCGGCCACCAGGACACAAGAUGGUGAAACAGCCCAACCCAAAGAAGUCCAGCAGAAACAGGGCUCUGCCCACCAGGAAUGGUUCACCAAGUACUUUUCUUUCUAAAGUGAUCCUUGGGAUCCAUCACAGAAAGGACAUUUGAAAAAAAUUUUCUUUUAAAACAUCUGACUGAGGGAAUGAACUAAAAAAUCAAUCAACCAAAUAACCUGCUUUGUAAUAUGAUUUGCACCCAAUAGCUAAACAAAUUUCGGCACUGACAUUUCAUACUGUUUCAUUGUGGCACCGGUUCAUUAAAGAUCCUUGACGUUAGGGUAAAAGGAACCCGUGUUACCCGAGAACAUCAUAGGAAAAUGUUAAUGUUACUGAUGACCUGCCUGUAGUAUUUCAUGUCCAUAGCUUGCGCUCCGCUUUGUGGUUUCCGAGGUCUACUUUUAAAGGGAUUUCAUUUCCGAGGAUGCAACUCAAAUCCACUUGAAAAGUGUUUCUAUGUAAGUGAUAUAAUUUAAGAUGCACAUCUAACCUCAUUAAGAAGAGGAAUAAAACAAAGUUCCGAAUAACCAGGAAAGCCAAUUAAAACACAAAACAAGCAAAUCGGAGCUACUAGGACUGAACAGCCACAGACCUUGACACUUGGAUUUCCUAAUUCUGGACGUGAAGUAGCUAAUAGAGGGGAUAACACCUACCUCAAAAUGGGGCUUUAUGAGGAUUAAGCAACAUAAUAUGGCAGUGAUCCCGAUCACGAAUUCGAAUUAAGCACUGCCAGGAUUUGUGAAUAACUGAGCCCCGCCCCGUCAUACCUCUGUUUCAAUCUGCGAUGCCAACUUGGCCAUUUGUGAAGGUUUCUAGAUUAUCUGUCCUUUCAAGUCAAAGAUCUACUGAACCUCUGGUCUCUGGGUUUGGGCCAUUUGCCUCAUGAUGCAUUGCGUCCCCGUUGCAUGGAUGCUUGGUAGGUUAAAGGGGACAGGUAGUGGCCAUCCACGGUGCUGACCUGCUCAGCCCACACUGAACUGUCGGACCCUCUGAAGGAGUAGUGUGAUUUGACAAAACUUAAUACAUCUUUUAAUGGGCAAAAUGUAUUCUCAAUCCUCUGGUGCUGGCCCAGCAAGGUGGCCCAUGAACAGUUGUUUAUUCUAUGCACUGUCAAAUCUUUGCUCUUUGAAUAAAACUUUAAACAACUGGGCGAUAAAAA